AUGAACACCACUGUGCAACUCUCUCAGCUUGGCUCAAAAUCUUGGGCAUGCCUCGCAGCGGGACAUCUCGAUUACCUUGCCUGCUGUCAUCUACGUGAUCAAGUCAUCAUGGAAGCUUACAUUACAUCUCGCGCGUCUUCCGCCCCCCGAGCUAUUCCCGAAUACCCUGUCAACUCCUGA